GCAUCGCGAACGCGUCGCAGUAGGGGUGCAGUCUGUCUACCGUUUGGUGGCGAGCGGGAACGCUGCCCAAUCCAUUCGCUUCCGAUGUUUUGUCGCGGGCACAGACAAAUGAGCGUCAUGCUAUUUCUCGGCAUUUUGCUGCCGAUGUUGCUGACCGGAGUAGGCUGCGAUGAAAUUCCGCUGUCUGACAACGACGGGCCAGCCAAAAACACCACAUUGCCGGACACCCUGGCCCGGCCCAGGGACGUUACGGUGGCUGCCGAGGAUGCGCAGGAAAAGCUGCGCGCGGCUACCUCAUCGCCUUUCGCUGAAGGUGUGGCGGCGAGCCCCGAGUACAACAUCAGCGGCUCCGAGUCGGCCUGGAGCACCGACCUAGUGGGAGAGCCGGUGGCGGAGAUCAUUUUGGUAAGACAUGGCGUAUCCGACUUUGCCACCGAGAGCGACGUGACGGAGCGCGCCAACGAGGGGCUCAACGCUAGCGGAAAUCCGGACUCGCCACUGCCCUUCCUGAAAGACAAACACCACGGCGACUUCCAAGACCGCGAAAGACACGGAGCUGCAGAGACAACGACGACGGAUGGUGCCGUGGACAGCGUCCUGCUGCCACCACCACAGGUCUCUACCGACUCAUCCUCGGUGCCUGGUCACGACAUCCCGGCAGCUUCGGUGCCGGCUCGCUAUGCCUUGGAUCCGGCAGCAGAGUGUACCGAAAAGGGUCGCCACAGGGACAAAGAGCAUCGUUUUGGCGUCGGGCUCAAGGUGAUGCCACGUUCGCACACGGCCCCGAGGAAAUCGAUUAUGCGGCCACGCAAGAGCCGCCGUGGUACUCUGCGUAAGGUCAAAGUGGUGCUGUCACGCGCCAAUCGCAGCAACCACACGACAACGAUGCCACCACCGUCGCUACCACUGCUGCCGCUACCCCCGUUGGCGGAAAGGGCCGACCCGGACAGGCUGACGCUGCGCGAGCUCGGUUGCCUGCCGCUGGAGACAAGCCCGGCGGUGCAGGACCGCUCGACGUGUCCGUUCCGCUUCCUGACCAGCUUCGACCGGCGCAGACUGCCCAGACUGGUUACCACCGUGCGCUGCAUGUGCCCCGGUAGUCCUUGCAGUUCACGGAGGGGUUACCGUUGCCUGGAGGUCAGCCGUCCAGUGACCCUGAUGCGCCGUGUAGGCAGGGUCUACGUCGACACAAUCGAAGAGGUGCCCGUGGCGUGCGUUUGCGCCUACGUUGGCCGCAAAUCGCGUGGCCGCAGCCGCUGAGCAAACCGCCGCUGGCGCUCGUCUGUGACAGCAUCGACGGGUUGCCAGGGAGCAUGUCAUUGAUUAAAAUAGGCGAGCAGUACUCGGAUCUUUUUUGUGUGUUCUCUUUGA